AUGUCACUUUCACAAUUGCGGAUUCUACUUCCUUGGCAAUCGUUAAAAGCGUCUCCUCGUCCUGCAAAUGAGUCGCCAGAAGGGAGUUUUGGGCCUACAGAUGAAUCGGAAAGUUCUGCUUCUCAAGCCGAUACUGCGCCGAAUAUUCGGCACCAACCAGACCAGUCUCCUGAGAUAAAACCAGAAGAACCUCCUCUAGCAACAGCUCAGGCAGCUGAAAGAAGUGAAACUAUGCCACCUUCAAAAUCUCACAAGGAAGGCAAAAUUCAUUCUCAGUUAUCAACAAAUUCUCGAGCCAAAAACCGGUCUCGAACGGCUUCCAAGCCUUCAUCACCAUUGAAUGCAAUUCCUCAAUCUCCACUUGCUUCCAACAAGUAUCCUUCAACGUCAGGCAAGGGCUCCAAAUCUCAGGAUAGUUCAAAGCCUUCAUCACCAGCAGGUAAAGUUUUCUCCCCUUCACAGGAUGCUUCUUCAAAGCCCUCAUCACCUGCAACAGUUGCUGCUACAGCUCCUCGGAUUGCUUCAAAGGCGUCGUCUUCAUCAUCUCAAGCAUCCAAUAAAAAGCAUCCAAGUUCAAAACCAACUUCAAAAUUAAGAUUCAAAGCUGAUUCUCAGCCUUCAUCGCCUUCAAGGUCGGCAUUUCCAUCUCAAGAUCCGUCUAUGCCGCCACAGUCGCUAUCACAGGAAAAAUCUCGACAACAAGCAUCGGAAAAAUCCUCUCGGGUUCAGUCUCCAUCUCAUUUUUCCAGAAAACCUACUACACAAUCAACAUCAAAACAGCCUGUUGAGUCUCCUGCAACCAUUGGAAUUCAAAGCCAUCCAAAUUCAAAAGCACCAUCACAAUCAAGAUUUAAAACUGAUUCUCAGCCUUCACCGUCUUCAAGAUCAACAUUUCCAUCUCAAGAUUUUUCUAUGCCACCACGGUCGCCAUCUCAUGAAAAUUCCCGACAACAACCAUCCGAUAAAACCUCUGGGGUUCAAUCUCCAUCUCAUUCGUCCAGAAAACCUACUGCACAAUCAACAUCAAAACAGCCUAUUGAAUCUCCUGCAACCAUUGGAAUUCAACACCAUCCAAAUUUAAAACCAUCGUCACAAUCAAGAUUUAAAGCUGAAUCUCGGCCUUCAUCAUCUUCAAAGUCAAAAUUUCCAUCUCAAGAUUCUUCUAUGCCGCCACGGUCGCCAUCUCAAGAAAAUUCUCUACAACCACCAUCGGAAAAAACCUCCCGCGUUCAGUCUCCAUCUAAUUUGUCUAGAAAACCUACUGCACCAUCAACCUCACAACAGCCUAUUGAAUCUACUGCAUCCAUUGGAGACCAAACAACAGAUGGAAUCCUUUCCGAUCCUGCAACUCCAUCCCCAAAAGCGAUACCUACAAGUGGAGAAAUUCAGAUACAAGCCAAAUCAAAGAAGUCUCCGGAACCAAACGUGAAACCAGUGGAAUUGAAAGCAUCAAAAAAUCAGAAUGAUACCAAGGAAGAGCUUACAUCCAAGAACGAAACCAAGGAAGAGCUUGCAUCUAAGAACACUUCCAAUCCGCAUUCGGACGAGGACUCUUCUGAAAACCCUACACAAUCUGAUGAAACCGUAGAAAGGGGCUUAGAUUCCUCUCUAGAAUCACAAACAGAGUCAAAAGAAACUAAGGAAGAUGGGGGAAAGACAACCAAUGCACUUCAAGCCAAAGCAUCUAGAAGCACAUUAAUCACAUCUUCCAAAAGUCGUUCAUCAUUUGAACCAGAAAAGAACACACAACAGGACGAAUCCAUGGAAGACUUAUCCAAAGCUUUUAACAAACUAAACAUCAAAUAUUCAGAUGAAGAAAAUCCAAAAAGUUUCACAACAAUGAUCGGCGAUAACAAAGGAUCAUCGGUGCACUUACUCUCCGGCGAAGCCAAAAGCGAAAGCUCAAUCCACGUCAACCAUCGUUACAAAAGUAAUCCAGAUCAAAGCCCUAAAAGUUCCACAAACAUCAAAGAAAAUUCAAAUAACGAAACACCGCAAGAUUCAACAACAGAAGAGAAUCCAGAUCCACCACCCCUGGAAUUAUACAUUAACCACAAUGUACAAGGUAUCAACAACUCAAUCAUGUUCAACACCUCAUUUACAGAGAAUAACCCAGGAAUCAAGUUGAAAUUCCCUGGAGAUGGAGAACCAACAAAUUCUCAAGAUGAAUUAGAGUCUCGCCAUACAAGAAAAUCGACAUACAUACCGACACCUGCCGAGAAGGUUACAUAUGAACCCAGAAUAAGACGAAGAUACCUGGGAGGGCUUUUAAUGGAGUCAGGUGAUUCUGAGGACGAGAAUCCAAGAAAGCUCCGAUGCCACGGCUGCCGCUACAGUCGAAGUAGCAAAGGAAAAAAGGUUGAAACUCUGUAAUGGGAAAGAUCUUCAAGCAUCAUUUCCAUAAGUAACAAUGGAGAAAUAUUCAAAAACAGAAAAGAAAUUUGACAAGGUUUGUGUAUAUGAAGAAUUUGGAAGUUGGUAGCGAUAUAUAUUCAAAUCUUAUGGAUGAUUGAUUGUAAAUUGUAAUAAGAACUGAAAUUUUCCAUGCAAAUUAGCUUCGAGUUUACAAA